GGCUAUCCGGCGCGUCUAAAGAAGGUCCUUAUCGUGACGGCGCCGCUUUGGUUCAAGGCACCCUUCAAGAUCCUCCGGCUGUUUGUGCGCGAGAAGCUGCGCGAGCGAGUGUUCACUGUAUCGGUGCCCCAGUUGGCGCUGCACGUGCCGCGCAAGGCGCUGCCCAUUCACUUGGGUGGCACGCUGGAGGUCGAUCACGCCACAUGGUUGCUCAGCUGCCGCCAAUCGAUGACGAAUCGUGAGGACGAGCUGCUGGCGAAUAUCGUGGGUGUGGGUGUGGGUGGAGGAGGAUCUGGUUCUGCUACAAAUGGCACAACGGAUCCUGCAGCAACGGAUACCGCGGCAACAACAACGGUGGGAGCCACGAUAAUCAGUGCCGUCCACCAGCUGGGCGAUAACAAUACCACCGUGGUGACGGUCAGCAAUGGAGUGGGUCCAGCUGGAUUGGCAGGAGGAGGAGCAGCAGGAGCAGCAGCAUCAGCGGAGCCCAACGAAAACAUCACAAUCAACGGACUGAGUCCCAGCCACCGCAGUAGCAGCAGCAGCAGCAACGCCACAGCCACAGCGGCCAAUCCCCUCAAGCUCAACACGAGUGGUGCGGCGGACAGCAGUAGCAGCAACACAAUAGCAGCAGGAGCAGCGGGAGGAGCAGCUGGAGCAGCAGCAGUUGCUAGCAAUACCACCACCACAACUACAACCACCAACGGAGGAGGCAACGAGUUCUGGUCGGAGAAUCCACCCAGCAGCGCCUCCUCCGGAUUCAGUGACGACGACAGUCUGGCCGGCCAGGAGGGCGAUCCCAAGCCCAUCGAUCAGAUUGUCCAGAUGGUCAAGCAGCGCGGACGCCAUGGGUUGAUCAAGGAGUACGCGGACAUACGGAAUAGGGCGCCCGAGGGCACCUUCCUCCAUGCGAGGAUGCGCGCCAAUCUGACCAAGAAUCGCUACACAGACGUCCUCUGCUACGAUCACAGUCGAGUGGUGCUGGCCAACGAGGACGGCGACGAGCCGUCGGAUUAUAUAAAUGCGAAUUUCGUCGAUGGCUACAAACAGAAGAAUGCCUAUAUUUCAACUCAAGGUCCAUUACCAAAGACAUCCCAGGACUUUUGGCGCAUGAUCUGGGAGCAACAUUGUUUAGUUAUAGUGAUGACGACGCGCGUUAUGGAGCGCGGACGCGUUAAAUGCGGCCAGUACUGGGAGCCGACUGAAGAAAGUUCCUUAGAGUUUGGCGACUACCAUGUGCGAACAAUUAGCGUUGAGUGCAACGAGGACUAUAUGGUUGCCUCGUUGGAAUUGAGAAACAUUAAGACUGACGAAAUUCGCAAUGUCUCACAUUGGCAGUUCACCAGCUGGCCGGACUAUGGGGUGCCCAGCUCGGCCAUGGCCAUGCUGAACUUUCUGCAGAAGGUGCGCGAGAAGCAGGCGCAGCUGGUCCACGGACUGGGCGACACCUGGGCGGGCCAUGCCCGCGGACCGCCCAUUGUGGUGCACUGCAGUGCAGGCAUUGGACGUACAGGCACAUUCAUCACCCUGGACAUUUGCAUAUCGCGCCUGGAGGAUGUGGGCACGGCGGAUAUACGCGGCACUGUGGAGAAGAUCCGAUCGCAGCGCGCCUACUCCAUCCAGAUGCCCGAUCAGUAUGUGUUCUGCCAUUUGGCCCUCAUCGAGUAUGCCUACUCGCGCGGAAUGCUGCAGACCGUCGAUCUGGCCGGCUUCGAUGAGCGCGAACAGGAUUCGGAGUAGAUUAGGGGGAGAAACCGAUAAAUGGACGAGAAAACAACUUGUAUACAGAAUAAUUUUAUGUUUUACCUUUGCUAAAAAUUGGAGUUGUAACCUUUUUCCAACUAGAUGUUCGUCCUGAUAUGAUAUGAUAUGAUAUAAUAUAUGAUAUAUGUGUAUGAUGAUGCAA